UCUAUUCUAUUCUAUUCUAUUGCAAACAGCCUCAUUUCUGUUCUGCAGCAACACCUUAGUGCUCAAAUAAAAGCUCAAUAUGUUAUUGUUUCUGCUGAAUCUAUGACCUGAUUUUACAUCAGACACACACACACACACACAGAAGGUGUGGCUCUGAGCACUCUCAGCUGAUUGGCUGCAGAUGACAUCAUCAGUUGGGAUGUGGAGGUCUCUCCUUCUCCUUGUUGCUGCAGCCUCUCCCUCACCGUGCCUACACACACACACACACACACACACACACACACACUGCAGAUGCAUUACAUCAUCUGGUUCAGAGUUGGGGGCAGCUUGUGAGAACAUUAUGUUCUGCUGCAGUGCAUCAUGGGAGCUGGAGUUCAGUCCUUCAGUGGUCACUCCCAGGUCAUUUUCUGUGUUUUAUUGAACCACUCUCAUGUGACUAAGAUUAAGAGAUUAGAUUAGUAACCUCGCCCAUGGUUUUUGGGCCCUUUAGUCUUUAUUCAGACAGGACAGCGGAGCGCGUGCGGGGGAAGACACAGUAAAUGCCCUCGGGAAUCAAACUUGGCUUCUGUAGAGCGUUUGGGUCACAUGCUCCGCCCUGUUCGUGAUGCUGGCGUCACUCUUGACUGAUGCUGGGUCCGUUUUUGGAGUCUCUUUUGUGCGUUUGUCUUUGCCCAUCGGGAACCCAUGGAUAUUUUUGGGUGCUCGGGAAUUCUCAGUGUGACGUUGAGAAUUCCCAAGCAUCCAAAAUCAUCCAAAAGCAUCUCAAUACAUGCACUACUGGUAAAGCAGUGGCCCCUAGUGGUGAAAGUUUAACUUGGCUUCUGCAGCGGGUAGCUGCUAAAAUGACCUUUAAAAGCUGACAGUGCAGCUUACGCUCUGGUGCGUCUGCUGCUCGCCUGCUAUCCACGAAUAUUUCCAUCUGAAGCAGGUGCCUUCCUGCUGCGUCCACGUCUGUGUGAAAUAUCCUCACCUGCCUCCCCCCAAACUGCACCUUGGUCAGAACUGUCUGCAGUCUAAUCGAUGCUGAAAGCGGUUCGAGGCGUGCAUGUGCGAGCUGUCUUCUCUGGACUCCAUCGCUGUGGGUUUGUCCCGUGAGUGGAGAGCGGCAGAAUGUUUGGCUGCGAAGCUCGGUGACAGAUGGAGGCGUUGAGCUCAAGCACAGAUUUGUGUUUGUGUGCCGAGGAUGAGUAACGCUUCUUUGUCAGCCGGCAAAUUUAGCGCUGACAUUUCCUCAGAAACACGCCGACCCAGCAAACUGGAUCAGACCGGAUCAAAGCAGAGCCAGCUCACCUUACACUUCAUCUCCACAUGUUCUCUCGUUAUUCGCCCAGCAGCACAUGCUCGGCUUCUCGGGCUGUGAGGUCGUGCCGCUGCUUCCAUGAAGCCUUUGUUGGUGCUGCACACAUGAAAUCCCAGGAAAGUCGAUCGCUGCUUAAUUUCAGUUGAUUUUUCAUCUUUAAAACAUUCAUUUUUCUUUCAGUAAGUGACAAAGUUUGUUCUCCUGAUUCUGAUGAAGACCUUUAGUUACUGGUCAGGAGGAUUCCUCUGAAAUAAACCAACACCACCUCCUCCACCUCCUCUCCUUCUCCUCCUCUGCACUGCUGGACCAAUCGCAGCCCAGCAUCCCUGCCGGCCAAUCAGAGGGUUGGUGGGUGAUGUCAUGUAUCGGGCUGCUGUGUGGUGGUGCUGAUGCUGCUGAGCUGCAGAUCUUCAGUGUGAACUGAGAAGAGCUGGAGCGAGCAUCGCUGCAGGGAACAGACUCUACCUCACCACAGUGUCUUUGACUGAGAACAGCAGCAGCAGCAGCAGGAUGACUCUCGCAGCUUACAGGGAGAAGAUGCGAGACCUCCCCCUGGUGUCUCUCUUCUGCUCCUGCAUCCUUCCCGAGCCCAGAGAGCCGGCAGCCGACAAGAAGGAAGCAGGCGUGGUGGAUUUGAACCUCUGCAACAUCCGGGACAUGGAGGUGAUUGAACUGAGCAAGCGAGCGAGUGGCCAGGCCUUCGAGGUCAUCCUGAAGCCACCCACCUUCGACGGCGCCCCUGAGCUCAGGGCCACAACACCGCCUCGCCAGAAACCAUCGCUGGCGGAGAUCCAGAAGAAACUGGAUGCUGCUCAGGAAAGGAGGAAGUGUCAGGAGGCGGAGCUGCUGAAGCACCUGGCCGAGAGGAGGGAGCACGAGCGGGAAGUUGCUCAGAAAGCUUUGGCCAAAGAGUGUCAGGAGCAUCGCGCCACCGCUGACAAGGAGCAGCGGCAGAUGCACCUGAACGCCUCACAGGAGAGGCGCCACGAGGAGGACAAGCACAGUGUGGAGGUGUCUUGAUGGCCUGAUCACAACACAAGCUGAACCUUAUUUGGAAGCCAUUUUGGAGGGCUGAUGAGCUGAUAUUUGAUGUGCCGGGAUGCUGGCGCUACUCCGGCUCAGAGACUGACAGGAAGUAGCUCUGAAAAGAGUGAGAGAAGAAGACGAUGAGGGGGGCGGAAGGGAAGACCGACUGCACAACACCUCCUCUGUACAACCAGGACUCUCUUUAACAAGACGAACUCUUUAUAACGAGACGGACGCUCAGAUUCAGUCGUCAUUAGAUGGUUUGAAGGGGUUUUACUGUGCUUUGUUUCCAUGCCAACGGUGCCAAUGUGCUCGUGUGUGUGAAUGUGUGUGCCUAUCAACCAAACAUGAAUUGGGCCUAACAUGAACCCGAUGCAUCCCCUACGACUGAAAGGAAACCUUCCUCUCGGACUUUGAACAUCAAAAUUAAUUGCCUGGAAUUACCGCUGCUCUCAAUCAAACAGCUCCAUCUGCUGGAUCGUUUAAAUCAUUGCAUGCGGCUCUUUAGAGACAUCCAGUGGCAUCUGUAGCUAUAAAAUAAGCUUCGAGCAGAUUGUUUUUGUCUUUUAGGAUCAGAGUCAAGAUCACUGAAAGUGAGUCCAAGACGAGUUAGUGUUUCUGAGGUCAAUUUAAGACAAACAUCAGUAAAAAUAGAGCUGAACUUAGUUGUAGAGGUGAGAUUACCAUCAAUGAAAUCACCGCUACACAGGAAAUCAAACCACACCCUAAAAUCACCAAACCAAAACAGCGCUGGCCUCCAGGGCAGCUCGUUUCACCCGUUCUUUUCAUACUUUUAUAGGCAGAAGUUCUAGGCGCUGUGCAGAGGUGGAGACAUCACACCUUUGCUGUUUCACAGAUGAUGUGGUUUGGAUCGCUAGAUUCUGUUGUGGUGACGAGAGAGAGCUGAGCGUCGAGGCGAAGCCGUCAGUCAAUCCACGCUCCUACCCUCACCGAUGGCCCCGAGCGGAGGGUGGUGACCGAAAGAGAUGAGGGGGUGAGGACCUCAGAGUAGACUCCUUCACCCCAAAAAGAGUCAGUUGAGGUGGUUGAGCAUCUGGCCAGGAUGCCUUAUGGGCAUUUCCUAGAUGACCUGUUUCCUCCUGGGCGUCUCCUACAGGGAGGAGACGGUCUGCAUGUUUGGAAACACCUCAGUGUCCCCCCAGAAGAGCCGGAGCUAGCCGGGAAGAGUGAGCGCAACCAAAAGACAAAUCUGAACCGAAGCGCAGGUUUUCCUGUUUCAGACGCUGCCUUUAGGUUUGUUUCCCAUCAGUUAUGCAUCUCUUUGUCUUUCCUGUGUGAAAUGGAUGCGACACAAUGCUUCUGAGACAUCAGUGAUGUUUGCUGCACCCUGCUGCAUCGAAUGAGUGACUGGACCGAUGUGUGUACAGUGUUUACAGCUGCUUCUCACUGCAACAUCAUGUAGGAUUAUGAUAUGAUUAUGAUAAUGUACAGAAAUCACAUUAUAUUUUAAAUUCAACAAUAAAACAGUCACACUUUA